UACAGGAAUGAUCUCCAGGGGAUGGUCGAUCGCUAAUUAUGGAAAAUGCGCACCGUAAGGGAUGCUGGUCCGACAUAUGGAUUUGUGAUUUCAUGUCGCUACUACACGCAAUCUCAUAGAAAUUGGCUAAAAAUGUUGCUGGUAGCCUGGCUAACGCAAGAAUCACGCCAUACCGCUCCUUGCUUCUCUCUUUCGCAGCUUGGCGACACGCGUACGGACUCUACGGAGUAGCUGUUGGCAAUUGAACGGUAGGGACAGGAAAUGAAAGGCAGAAAGCUCGACCAGAUUGUUGAUGAGUCUCGUGCAUCACAUUCGCUGGCUCACG